CACGCUCGCUCCUCGGAAAAGCGAAACACGUCGUCAUGCAUGUACUGUAGAACGCGCUGCUGUUUGCCAUUCACUUCCACUGUAGAGCAGCGGAAUUACUGAUGGCCAAUUCCUCACAAGAUUAGGCAACGGCGACACUGUUCAUUUCGAGAUUUAAGUGACUGCCACAAGUGCGCAUCCUUUAUUUGCAAAUGGAGCCGGAGGAGAAAAAUCCAGAGUCCAAAUAUGGUGAGCCAAGGAAAUUUGACCCCACAUUUAAAGGGCCAAUUUAUAACAGGGGCUGCACCGACAUUCUCUGUUGUAUCCUGUUCAUCUUGGCCUUGCUGUGCUACUUUGCAGUUGGGAUUCUGGCAUGGUCUCAGGGUGACCCUCGGAAAGUGAUUUAUCCGACAGACAGUAAGGGUCAGUUUUGUGGACAGGUCGGCUCCCAAAUUGAGAAGAAGCCCCUGCUGUUCUACUUCAACAUCAUGAAGUGUGCCAGUCCUCUGGUCCUGCUGGAGUUUCAGUGUCCCACCACUCAGAUCUGUGUGGAGAGAUGUCCUGAUAAAUUUAUGACUUUAGUGAAAGCUUUACAAAAUGAAGAUGAUAGGGAAUACUACAAGCAAUUCUGCAAGGAGGGAGUUGACAUGACCAGGAAAGCUCCUGAAAUCCUAAAGGAUGGCUUGUGCCCUUCAAUACUCACACCUAGCAAGAAUUUCACACGGAGAUGCUUGCCCGCUCUAGAGACCUUGAAAGGUGGUCUAGUUGUGAUUGGCAACAAAACUACGUUCACAGAUGAUAAAGGACAAAAUAUAAAUGCAACAGAUCUCCUUGAAGCCUCAAAGAAAUCCAAUGUUGUGAUUGAGGGCCGGGCGGUAGCCAUGAGGAUCUUUGAGGACUAUACUCAGUCCUGGCACUGGAUACUCCUUGGCUUGGUGAUCGCCAUGCUGGUCAGUCUGAUCUUUAUUCUCCUCUUGCGCUGUCUGGCUGGAGUCAUGAUCUGGGUUAUGAUCAUCAUGGUGGUCAUUGUUAUUGGAUACGGUAUUUUCCAUUGUUACAUGCAGUACGCCAGUCUGAAAGGACAAGCUGGUUCUGAUGUCACUAUCAAGGAUCUGGGUCUACAGACAGACUUUUCUGUGUACUUACAGAUUCAGCAGACCUGGCUUGCCUUCAUGAUUAUCCUGUGUAUUGUGGAAGUGGUCAUCAUCCUUCUCCUCAUCUUCCUCAGGAAGAGGCUCCUCAUUGCUAUUGCUCUCAUCAAAGAGGCCAGCAAGGCCAUCGGUCAUGUGAUGUCAUCACUGUUCUACCCACUGCUGACCUUUGCCCUACUGUCUUUAGUCAUCGCAUACUGGGCCAUCACCGCCGUGUUUUUGUCAACCUCCAAUGAGCCAAUAUACAAGGUUAUCAAUACAACCGAAUGCAUGUAUUCCAGAGACACCUGCAACCCUGAGACUUUCAACAGCUCAAAUAUCACCACUGAAUGUCCUGAUGCUGAGUGUCUGUUUGCGUUUUAUGGAGGAGAGACGUUAUACCACAAGUACCUGAUUCUGUUCCAGUUCUAUAAUUUAUUCCUCUUCUUCUGGUGUGCCAACUUCGUGACAGCAUUGGGCCAGGUCACACUUGCAGGGGCCUUUGCAUCCUACUACUGGGCAUUCAAAAAGCCUGACGACAUCCCAGCUUUCCCUAUCUUCAACUCUUUGGGACGGGCCCUUAGGUAUCACACUGGCACUCUGGCAUUUGGUUCCCUCAUUCUUGCCAUUGUUCAGAUCAUCAGGGUCAUAUUGGAGUAUCUGGAUCAGAAGCUGAAAGGUGCCCAGAAUAAAUGUGCAAAAUUCCUACUCAGCUGCCUAAAGUGCUGCUUCUGGUGUCUGGAGAAAUUCAUCAAGUUUCUGAACAGAAACGCCUAUAUUAUGGUGGCGAUAUAUGGUAAAAAUUUCUGUACGUCUGCCAAGGAUGCAUUCUUUCUCCUGAUGAGGAACAUUAUCCGUGUGACUGUUCUUGACAAAGUGACAGACUUCCUCUUAUUUUUGGGCAAACUCCUCAUUGUUGGAAUUGUGGGAAUUUGUUCUUUCUUCUUUUUCACGGGCAAGAUUAAAAUAGUGGAGGACGCUGCUCCAUCUCUUAAUUAUUACUGGGUGCCUAUACUGACUGUGGUGUUUGGCGCCUAUCUAAUUGCUCAUGGCUUUUUUAGUGUAUAUGCCAUGUGUGUGGACACACUCUUCCUCUGUUUCUGCGAAGAUCUGGAGAGAAAUGACGGUUCCUCCGACAAACCGUUUUUCAUGUCCCCCGAGCUGCACCAGAUUUUGUCAAUUGAAAAAAACUCAGAGGAGACGGACCGUGUCGAGGUACCCGUCAUACAGGUGCAAGCCGAGGAGGAAAUCCCGCUGCAGGAGAAUGGAGAGGUGCAGCUUAAAGAGCAGGGCGUCCUAAAGCAGGAGCAGGAAGAAGAGACACCACUAAACCAGGAGACGUACGUUGAAGAGCCGCCCCAAGAAACACAACCUCCAGAGGCACCCGCAGCCGACGAGGAGAAACCCGAAGAGCAGGUUACAACCCAAGAGCCUGAACCUCCACAAGUGACCCCACAACAAAAUGGCCCCCAAGAGGUGGACGCUGAGGACAAGGAGGAGCAGGUGGCCCAACCUCAAGCAGAACCACCACAGGCCGAGAACCAACCAGAACAGGAACCAGAGGAACCGAAGCCUCAAGAAAACGGACCUCAAGAGAGCGAGACCCUGCUCACCCCUCAGGAGUAGCUGGACAACGGAAAGUGGAGUUGUGAAACGUUUCAGAGAAGCCUACUGAUUUGGGAACUGGUGCACUUUGGUGGCUUUGAUAAGCCAUUAGUAUACAUUGGAAAGUACCUCCUUCAUUUGCGUCAUAAUGUUUACUCAAUCAAUCAAUUUUGAGAACUGCCUCUUAAUCAAUAAUCACUGGUCAUAAUGAAUGGCAUGACACAAAAUUGGACAGAAACAGGCUUGUACUCGAAGUAUGAGCUGUUUGAAUGACAAUUGAUUAUGUGGACCUAAACCCCAUUAGAUAUGCCUACAUAGCACUUGUAGAAUGUGACUGUGUUUGUGUUUUAUGUAGAACGUUUUAAUGUAAGGACAUAUAAAAGUGUAAUGUAGGUGCUUGACUUGUGCCUAAAUAUCGUUACUUAUCAAUGUCUUAAUCAUAUUGAAGAAUGCAAAAAGAUUUUGCAGCAUCGCUAUGUUUACAGCAACAACAACAACAAAAAAUCUGUUUACAGUGAUACCAGCCAAGACCAAACAAUGUCAUUUUGUAAGAAUUUGUGCAAAUGUAUUUGAAAAUUUUGUUAAUUUUAUGCCUAAUGUGAUAAUUUUAUGGUGCAGAUGAACAAAACAUUUAAAAAUGCCACCGAAAGCAAGUCAACUUAAAAACGAAACAAAAAAUGUAACGACACCCUUCUAUUUUGGUCUGCUGUGCCAGGUUAUUGUAUUGACAGAUUGCAACCUUUUCAAUGCCUGAUAUUUGUCGCUGUUUGCCACUCUGUUGCCUCUUUUUCUACCUCUGUGCUUCACUUUUCUCAAUCUUUGCAUGCUGGUAAUGUGAUCUCCCAGUGCUUUAAUAAAUCAAACUAUCUCUUUG